GAUUUCUCUCGCACUUAUAUCAAUAACAUUUUCUAUAUUACCCGAGCCCUGGUGCUUGUAUAUUCCCUCUUGCUUUUUCAAUGUCUUGAUAUGUAGCCACUCUUCCAGAAGUCCUUCGUUCUGUGUACGGCGUCUGGUCCUCUCUAUUACUAUGUCCGUACCUAAGCCAUCCUCGAGCUCACUGCGAGCUAUGAACGCUUCAUACCUCCGACCAGGAGCCCUUCGAAAUGCCUGCUCUGUACAGUCGCGUUGCCGCUUCUCACCGAGUCGAAGAUGCCUAUCUACAGCUCCAUUGCCACAAAGUCGUCAACCUGGCUGGCGACCCUACCUGCGAACAUCGGUCGGUGCCGUGUCCUUUGGAAUUCUGAUAUACACCAUGGCCAACAACAAUACAGCGUCGAACGACUCACCGCCUGUGCAGCCAGUUUCGUUGGCGGAAGUGGACGAGGUGACCAAGAGAAGGACCAAAAUCACCCGCAACUCGCCCAUGAGACUGCGUAUGGAGGCUCUGAUUGAAGAACAUCAAAACCGCAUAGUGUUUGCGCUGGAGAACAUUGACGGUAAGAAGUUCAAACGUGAUCAAUGGACAAGGCCGCACGGUGGAGGAGGUACCUCCUGCGUCCUACAGGACGGAAAUGUGUUCGAAAAAGCCGGAGUCAAUACCAGUAUCGUGUACGGCGAGCUCCCUCGUCCGGCCAUCGAGAAGAUGCGAGCGGACCACAAGUCUUUCGUCGACUCAGACGUCGACAAGCUGAACUUCUUCGCUGCAGGAAUUUCGCUGGUUCUACACCCACAUAACCCGAUGGCCCCUACAGUCCACCUCAAUUACCGAUACUUCGAGACCUCUGAUCCCCGAGACCCUGUCAAUGCGACCGGCACAUCACAAACAAAUUGGUGGUUUGGAGGAGGUACAGACUUGACACCGUGCUAUCUGUUCGAAGAAGACGCGAAACAUUUCCACAAGACUAUCAAGGCUGCGUGUGACAAGCAUGACAAAGACUACUACCCCAGAUUCAAGAAGUGGUGCGAUGAUUACUUCAAGAUCGAACACAGAAAAGAGUCUAGAGGCAUAGGUGGUAUUUUCUUUGACGAUUUGGAUGCUAGCUCACAACCCAGCUCCAAGAACCCUCAGGAGGACCUUUUUCAGUUUGUCGUAUCCGGUCUAGAAUCCUUCCUACCUUCCUACCUACCCAUCAUCAAGAAGAGAAAGGACAUGCCAUUUCUGCCAGAGCACAAGAAAUGGCAACAAAUCCGACGUGGGAGGUACGUCGAGUUCAACCUCAUCUACGACCGUGGAACCAGCUUCGGCCUGCGAACGCCGGGAGCCAGAGUCGAGAGUAUUCUCAUGAGUCUGCCAUUGACAGCUCGUUGGGAAUAUAUGCAUCCAAUCUGUGGUACUGGGCUCCCAGAAAACGUGGAGGAAGAAGAUGACGGCCAGCACGAGAAGGAAAAGGAACUUAUGGACGUUCUCAAACAUCCCAAAGACUGGGCAUGAUCAUCCUCCAAUCGCUGCAUCAGGGACAUGUUGGUGGAUGCGCAAGUGCCGCUAUUGCGAAAAGCAUGCUGUUGGCCACGGAGCUCCUCAGAAGGGCCAGGUUGUUUGGGCGAAUCAAUGAUCCAAAUGGGUUACAGGGCAUUAUUUGCAAGCCUCUGGUUCCAAGCAUGAUCUUUGGGAGGGGUCGUUGGUCUGAUAUCAAGAAGAAGAGAAUUGAAGAUGUUGAUUGUAAUACCACUUUUGUACAGAGCAAUCUGAGAUCUAAAAGCGAUUUGUGCCCCAAGCACUUGGUGAAAACGACUUCUACAGACCAUAUCUUUUCAGGCUUUCCUCCAUCUGCCAGUUUGCC